AAUGCUUUGGAAUGUGCGUGUUUUGUAAACAUUACAGAGAUAGUGUAUGUUCUAUGUUGUGAAGUUUGUGGCGGUUAUUAAAUUUAGUAUGUGUGACAAAUAUGUUUUUAUUGAAACUGUGAAGAGCAAGGGGACUCUGAGGACUAUUAAACAUGUCAUCUCAAAGCGAAAGUUUGAGGAUGAAGAUGUUAUUGUAGUUCGAGUUCUGCAUGCUGACACACAGGACCAGGAGGAUAUUGCUCAUCUGGUUGUAGUAGAUGAGCAUCCAGAUGCACAAGGCAAGGAAGGUCAUCCACUGAAUGUUUUUAUUCUGGGAGACUUUCCGCAAAAGGAUGUCCCGUUCCACGAAGAAGAAGUUGUUGCUCUCAGAGGAGGUUGCAUCUCUGAAAACGACAAAGGGACACUUGAACUUGUGUUUACAAGUGAUAAACGGAACACCAUUUUACGGGAAGAUUUUGGGCGAUUUAAUAAAGAAGACAUAUUUUCAAAAACUGCUAAAUUCCCUACAAAAGGAAGAAGAUUGCCUAAUGAAAGCCUCAAGAUGAUUGAAAAAAUUAAAAAAUGGAUUGGAUGUGGCCUGGUUGCAGCAGUAUCCAAAGAACUAACUCUGAAUGAAGCUAGUUUGAAAAGUAUUUGUCGUUGCAAUUUGGUGUGCAAGGUUCUGGAUGUCAGAGAGAUAGUUCCUUGCCUGGGCAUUGUGAGUGUGGCCGACGGCUCUGUCUGCAGCUGCCCUUUUCUCACAAUAAACAAUGACAAAGAAGUGGAAUUUGUGUCUGUGGAUGAAUCUGAUUUGUCUGUAGAUAUAAUUGUAACACUGAAGACAGAGGCUCUGAAAAAUCUCAAGAAAGGAUCAUAUGUAAGGCUGUUUGGUAUACAAGCAAAAAAAUUUUCACUUCCGUUAUCAGAAUAUAAGGACUGUGUAAUCCUCAAAAUUGAUGGAAGAAUCUUCAGUUUCGAAUCAGUAGUUGGCAGUGAAAAGGCAAAGAUCUCUAGCCUUCUCCGUAAGAGAAACCAACACAAUAAUACUGCAGAUGUUUCUCAUAACAUUGCAGAUGAAUCCGGAUCACAGUUGUCAGUACCCUCCUCCUCAAAUGAAUCAUUCACAAUCCUGACAUCAGGCCCUCAGCAGAAUGCAAAUUCCAGUGGUGGCAAAAUGGAUGAUGAUUCACAAAGUAUUCUGAGGCUCAGAGCACCUCCUGCCAAACUCAGAUGCUCAGGCACUCACUCUAAGUUUUUUGGGGAAACUCAGCAGUCUUUCCAUGUCAAACAUAAACAGCAUCAAGUUUCUGGAAGAAAGAAGAGAGGAACAAGUAGAGAAGAGCAGGCAGAUGUAGACUCCAAUGAUGGUGACUCAGAAAGUGAAAACCAAAGAGACAGCAGUACAUUAGAUAGAGCACCUCCAUCAAAGAAGCACAAACCUGGGCAUCUCAGUGUGGGAGAAACCUGCUGUGACAUUUCUCCACCAGUAAACCAACAUGCGGAUGAAGGCUGUGCAGUGCUGCUGAGAGGCCAUUGUGCUAGGAAUUGCAGCAUAACAGAGAGAACACAGUGUGAAAGCUCUGCAAUAACACAAAGUAAAGAACAAGUUAGGCCAGAAAUUAACAAUGGGAGUGCUGUACAAGACCCGGACACAGAUGCAGAAAGUGCUGAUGAUGAACCACUAGUGGUAGAGACACAGAUUGGUUUGAGGAGGCUAAAAUACCUCCCUGGUAUUUAUCAUGUAAAUGUAUGGAUUAAGGAUGUUUUGCCAACCCUCUCAGGUUGUCCACUGGACUUAAUAACAGCACGGUGUUACAUCUGUAGGAAAGAGCAGAGUUAUACAAGAAUUAGCAAACAACAACCUCAUUCUGAGCAGCAGAUAUGUCUACCCUGUUCUAGUCAAGGUAUGCCAAAAUUCUUGGAGCUGAAGUUUAAGUUUACCCUUGUCCUAUGGGAUGCCUGUGAACGGGAGAUUUCAGCUUCAGUCACAGGCGAAGAAGCUGAGAAAUUUCUGAAAUGUUCUGUCUACACAUACAUUCGAGAUGAACCAUUAAGGCAACAAGUGUGGAAUACAUUACAAAAGCUGAAAGAUCGAGGAUGCUUUCGCAAAUACAGACGGGCUGAAGACCUGAUAGAAGUGGAUAUCGGAGUUACAGUUGAGAGAGGAUUUAAAAAAUAUAUGUUAUUAGGUGGAGUGCUAAAUAAUCUUGAAGUCUCCCACAAACAGUAAGGGUAUUAUAACCUUAGAGAUCCUCAUCUGCCUCAGAAUUCAGUUUUAAAUAUUUCAUUGAAUCCUCAACUAAUAGAAAGGUAAAUGUGAUGGGAGUUGAUGGUCCCUGCUUCAUUAGAGUUUUCAAAGUUGUGGUGCAAGUGAUAUAUUUUUAGGCACUUCAUAUCUCCAAAAUUGCAUUCAUAUGUCUUUUAGUGAUAGGAGUUCCUAAUCACGCAGUUGAAGUUCUUAAUAUCAAAUGUGUUGUCUCUUGAUAUUUCACUGUGUUAUAUUCAUUUGUUAUUUGUAAAAUACUCUGAGCAGCAAAUAUUUGUUAUAUUUGUACCUGAUUAUAGCUUUUAUAAUUGAGCUGAGAAAGGUAAAUAAUUGUACCAUACAUCUCAGUACAGCUAUAUUCAUAAUUUGUACUGUUAUUUUUAUCUGGAGAGAGAAUUGUGAAGGUUUUAUAUUUUGUAUCGUCAUGACAGUUUUUCUCAUUACAUUAAUAUUUUAGCUUCACUUUUCAAUCACAGAUAUUGUACUGAUUUGAUUUAAUGCUUAAUGGCAGUAUCCAUUUCGUGUCUCUGUUGCAUACCGUGUUCUGCCUAGUAGAAGAAAAACUGUGAAAGCUAUUAAGGCAGGAAGUUUUAACAGUUGCUCUUCCUUUGUAUUUUAUGGAAACAUUUUUUAAAUUCUAUUUUUUGUGUAAUUUCUGUGAAAUAAACAACUUCACAAUAUGUAUAAUUGAUAUGAUGUCAGCUGCAGCUUCCUAACACGAGUUUAUAAGCAUUAGUGUUGCUCUUUAGGCACAAUUUCUGAUUUUAUUUGAAAUUUUCUUUCUAUGCCCAUCUUUGCACUUCAUCCAGACUUUCUCAAG